AUACAGAAGAGGCUUUGUUCUUAUGCUUUUGUAUUAUUGGAAGCUAUGUAUAGUUAGAAGGCUAGAACAGUGGUUGAGUAGAGGUAUAAAAUAGGCAUUAUGAGCGUGAGUAGUAUCAACUCCAUUUGGUGUUGCUGUCUGUCUGUGAAGGAAGAGAAGAUUUGAGCUCAAAAAAACAGAACAAAAUCGUUGCACAUCAUCAUUCUAUUGCACUUCAUUAUGCCUACAAUCAUGAUUCUUGGUUCCAUCACCCGCAUGCUCCCUUCUAAACACCCUCACCACUUCCUUCACUCUCUCCCUCUAACUCACACACACCUAUAAAUUCCAACCACCCCCUCACCAUUCUCUCACCUCCAUCGCUUCCCCUAGCAAUUCACAAGAAGCCCUGUUUUCCCCUGUUUCGUUGCAUCAUCCCCUGUUUUCCCCUGUUUCCCAAAAAUGGCACACUCUGGUUUUGAAGGCUACGAGAAGCGAUUGGAGCUCCAUUUCUUCGGUGAUGAUCCAACCAUCCUUCAAAUGGGUCUGAGAAAGCUUGACUUUGAAUGCAUGAUACAACCAACCCUGGAAGCUGUCCAAUGCACGGUGGUUUCCGCCGUCGGAAACUCCUACUUUGAUGCAUAUGUGCUAUCAGAAUCAAGCCUCUUUGUCUACCCAACCAAGAUCAUCAUCAAAACCUGUGGCACUACCCAGCUUCUGAAAUCCAUUACUCCAUUGAUCUUCUACGCUCACACUCACCUAGGUCUCACACUCUGUUCUUGCCGCUACACCAGAGGAUCCUUCAUCUUCCCUGAAUCACAACCAUUCCCUCACACCUCCUUCGAAGAAGAAGUCACCUACUUGGAAAACACCAUCCCUGAAAACCUGUCCCUCAGAAAAGCCUCCAUCAUGCCAUCAAAAUUGUCUUCUCAUUCAUGGCAUGUUUUCACCGCCACAAAUGACCCUCCCCUGUCUCACUACCAAAACCAUCCCUACACCAUGGAGAUUUGCAUGACCGACCUCGACCCUAUCCUCGCCAGGAAAUUCUUCCGGCGCUCCGGAGAUGGGAAGUCCGGCGACUCCGCCGGAAAAGAUAUGACGGAGCUCACCGGCAUUGAUGAGAUCAACAGAAACGCGCUCAUAUGCGAUUUUGCAUUUGAUCCGUGUGGCUACUCAAUGAAUGGCAUGGAUGGAGAUUGGUACUCCACCAUUCACGUUACCCCUGAAGAUGGUUACAGCUAUGCAAGCUUCGAAUGCGUGGGGUCUAUCUCCAUGAAUGAAAGCAUGGUUCACAUGUUGAGGAAGGUGGUUCAGAUUUUCAGACCGGGGACUAUGUCGGUGUCGACGACGAUGACAAGCGGUGGCUACGGCAAUGAGGCGUGGAGGAUGGUGGCGGGCGCGGUGGAGCCGAUGGGGUUGAAAGGCCGGAGUUUUGCGAUGGAUGGGUUUCCGGCAGCCGGAAGUGUGGUGUUUCAGACGUUUACGCCUCUUCGCCGGAAAAGCGAAUAGCGACUAGGAACUCAAAUAAGAAAAAAAAAAUAGCAAAAAAAAAGUUAGGGUUCUAGUUGAAAAUUUUAGGGGUGACAUGGAGUGAUUGGUUGCUAAUGAUGAUUAAUAUUCGGGAUUAAGAUAUCUAUCUCAAUUUGUGUCUUAGUUUAAGCUAGAAAAUUAGACAUCAUUUGAGAACAGAUUAUCUCAAUCCGAAUAUUGGUGGGUUGACUUGGUUGGAAAGUUAGAACAAGUUGUUAUUGAUUUUGGAUGAAAUGAAAAGUGGAGAGUGAGAGUGGUGGAGGUUGGGAUUCUGGGAUCAUGAUGAUCAUGAUAAUGCACCCCACUUAGGCUUGUCACGCCUAAGAAUUUUGAGGAUGUGUAUGUAGUGCUCUUGUUCUUGAGGUUUAUAAUCAACUUUCUUAGUUUCA